UGGGCGGAUUCAGGCGCAGCCGACUUGUUCAAGGGGGAAAUAAAUACAGUACACCGUACAGUACAUGAAGUACACAAUAAGUCAGUAGGUGUAGUGUCCAGUAGCGGAUUAAAUCUCCGGUCACUUUCUCUUUCUUCAGGAUUUUAUUUCAUUCCGAGAUGAGAAGAAGAGUCGAUGAAUCCAAACGAAGUGAGGAGAAAUCUGUGAAAAAAACUGUUAAUAAAGUGCAAACCAGGUCAUCAUGGUGGGUGUGGGUGAAAAGGGCAUUGAUUGCCAUUGGCACUCUGUAUGUUGCCACACCAUUUGUUCUGAGAUUCUUUCCCAGUGUCAUACAAUACCUGGUUUAUAAACAUGCAAUAAUAUACUUUGUUGACCUAAGCCGUCCCUCUGAUCUUGGCCUCAAUCACACCGUAAAUAUGUACCUGACCUCAGAAGCAGGAGUCACCCUGGGAGUAUGGCACACGGUUCCUGAGCAAAAGUGGAAGGAGGCUCAAGGUAAAAGUUUGGAGUGGUAUGAGCAGUCUUUGGGGGAUGGUUCCCCUGUUUUCAUCUACUUCCAUGGCAAUACGGGUAGCAGAGCAGCUCCACAUCGUGUUGGAGUUGCCAAUGUCUUAAGUUCUCUUGGAUAUCAUGCGGUGGUUAUGGAUUACAGAGGAUUUGGGGAUUCCACUGGAGAGCCCACUCAGCCUGGCCUGAUCACUGAUGCACUUUAUUUGUACCAGUGGGUACGGGCACGCAGCAAGGACAGUCCGGUCAUCCUGUGGGGUCACUCUCUUGGCACUGCUGUGUCAACAGGCAUUUCAGUGAUACUUCAAGAGCAAGGAAACCCUGUUGAUGCAGUGAUACUUGAAGGUGCUUUCACCACUGGAAAACUGAAAAAAGGACAACCUCAUCCAUUCAUGUGGUAUUACUGGAGAUUUCCGUACAUACAGUACUACUUUUCCCUGGACUCGAUUGAAGCAAAUGUACUUUAUCUGCCCAAUACUGAUAAACUCAUAUUUUAUUCUAGCUUGAAAAAAAUGACGACGCCUCUUAUGAUCCUUCAUUCUAAAGAUGACCACAUGGCUCCUUUCUGGAUGGCUGAGGAACUUUACAGCAUUGCUAAAAAUGCGCUGAAGUCAGAAGACAAAGUACGGCUGGUGGCAUUUGAUGCAUCCCAUGGAUAUCUUCAUAAUGGACUGUACAGGGAUCCUGCUUUGCCAAAUAUUAUAAGGGAGUUUGUGGAGUCUGUUGCAAAGUAAGCUGAAGGCUUCAAAAGUGGGACCAAGUUAAACCUACACAUCUUAUCUUCACAUAUACACUAUAUUGCCAAAAGUAUUCGCUCACCUGCCUUGACUCGCAUAUGAACUUAAGUGACAUCCCAUUCCUAAUCCAUAGGGUUCAAUAUAACAUCGGUCCACCCUUUGCAGCUAUAACAGCUUCAACUCUUCUGGGAAGGCUGUCCACAAAGUUUAGGAGUGUGUUUAUGGGAAUUUUUGACCAUUCUUCCAGAAGCGCAUUUGUGAGGUCACACACUGAUGUUGGACGAGAAGGCCUGGCUCUCAGUCUCCGCUCUAAUUCAUCCCAAAGGUGUUCUAUCGGGUUGAGGUCAGGACUCUGUGCAGGCCAGUCAAGUUCAUCCACACCAGACUCUGUCAUCCAUGUCUUUAUGGACCUUGCUUUGUGCACUGGUGCACAGUCAUGUUGGAAGAGGAAGGGGCCAGCUCCAAACUGUUCCCACAAAGUUGGGAGCAUGGAAUUGUCCAAAAUGUCUUGGUAUGCUGAAGCAUUCAGAGUUCCUUUCACUGGAACUAAGGGGCCAAGCCCAGCUCCUGAAAAACAACCCCACACCAUAAUCCCCCUCCACCAAACUUUACACUUGGCACAAUGCAGCCAGACAAGUACCGUUCUCCUGGCAACCGCCAAACCCAGACUCGUCCAUCAGAUUGCCAGAUGGAGAAGCGCGAUUCGUCACUCCAGAGAACGCGUCUCCACUGCUCUAGAGUCCAGUGGCGGCGUGCUUUACACCACUGCAUCCGACGCUUUGCAUUGCACUUGGUGAUGUAUGGCUUGGAUGCAGCUGCUCGGCUAUGGAAACCCAUUCCAUGAAGCUCUCUGCGCACUGUUCUUGAGCUAAUCUGAAGGCCACAUGAAGUUUGGAGGUCUGUAGCGAUUGACUCUGCAGAAAGUUGGCGACCUCUUCGCACUAUGCGCCUCAGCAUCCGCUGACCCCGCUCCGUCAGUUUACGUGGCCUAUCACGUCGUGGCUGAGUUGCUGUCGUUCCCAAACACUUCCACGUUCUUAUAAUACAGCUGACAGUUGACUGUGGAAUAUUUAGGAGCGAGGAAAUUUCACGACUGGAUUUGUUGCACAGGUGGCAUCCUAUCACAGUUCCACGCUGGAAUUCACUGAGCUCCUGAGAGCGACCCAUUCUUUCACAAAUGUUUGUAAAAACAGUCUGCAUGCCUAGGUGCUUGAUUUUAUACACCUGUGGCCAUGAAAGUGAUUGGAACACCUGAUUCUGAUUAUUUGGAUGGGUGAGCGAAUACUUUUGGCAAUAUAGUGUAUUUUGCACUCUUCCUUGGUGAUGUGUAUAUACCCCUCUCUUUCUUUCUCUCUCUCUCUCUUACACACAAGCACACACACAAACUUUAUUCAUUCCAGAGAUAAUUCACUUACAUUAUGCAUAUCAUGUAUUGUACAUGUGUAUAAUGACAACUGUGACAAUCACAAAUGCACUGUUUACUUAUUAAAGGAAUUUAAAGGAGUAAUCUUAAAAUAUAUUUGAUAAUGCCUUGAGAAUAACAUGAUUACUGCUUUAUAAAAGGCAAAUCUAAAUGCUAAAUAGAAUUUAUGAAUAAGCUUAGAGAUAAUUUUAAAGACCUUGAUGAUGUUGAUGAUGAUUUGUAUUGUAUGGUUAAUAGCCAUAGGAUCUAAAAAAAUAAAAAUAAAAAAAAGAUCCUGUUGAUGUCAUUAAUAAUGUUUAUGAUGUGUAUAAAGAAUAAACAUUAAACUACCUGACUAUGCUUCUUCUGUUCUUUGUGUAGAUAAUAAUGUAUAGAUAGUUUGCAUUUUAAGGGAAGUAGCCAUAGGACCUAAAAAGAUCCUGAUGAUGACGUUGAUAUGAUGAUGAUGAUGAUGAUGAUGUUAACAAAGAACAAACAUUAAACUAGCUGACUACACUUCUUCUGUUCAUUGUACAGAUAAUUUACGUUGUAAGGGAAGUAGCCUUAGCCAAAAAGACCCUGAUGAUGACGAUGCUGAUGAUGAUACUAAUAAUAAUGACAUUAUAAUAAUAAUAGUGAUGCACACGGAAUAAACAUUAAAGCAACUGACUAGGAUUCUUCUCUUUUUCGUGUAAAUAGUAGUGUUGUUGAAUGAAAUGUAAUUUGUCAUUUGUAAAGAAAGAAAGAUCAUUUGUAUUGUAAAUAUUCAGAUCUUCUAAUUCUUUUCUUUCUCUUCACUCACUUCUUUAAGACUCAUAAAUACACCAGCACUGGAUAAGUAGAUUGGGUGUAGUAGUGAGUUGUGUUUAAAAAAAAAAUAAACACGAAUAAACUAAAUUA